AAAAUCCUCCACCCUCCAUCUUACAUAUAUAGUUCAUAUAUAUACUUCACAUUCUCUAGCUAUAACUUCCUCUUCUCUUCCAUCUUUUUUUUUUUUAAAAAAAAAAACAAAAAAUGAAAGAGAUUCAUAAACAAAAACCUCAUGCAAUAAUGUUCCCAUACCCUCUUCAAGGCCAUGUAAUCCCCUUCACAAACCUAGCCAUAAAACUAGCAUCAAAUGGCUUCACAAUCACCUUCAUCAACACGGAAUCAAUCCACCACCAGAUCUCCAAAGCCAAAGGCCGGCCCGUCGACCAUGAUUUAUUCUCCGAAGCACGUAAAUCCGGGCUCGACAUACGCUACGCCACUGUUCCCGAUGGUUUCCCUGUAGGGUUCGACCGGUCGCUGAACCAUGACGAGUUCUUUGAGGGGAUUCUCCAUGUUUUCUCGGCGCAUGUGGAUGAAAUAGUGCGGAAUUUGGUGAGGGAGGAUAGCACGAUCAAUAGCAUAAUUGUUGAUACUUUCUACGUGUGGGGGUCUGUGAUUGCGGACAAGUAUGAUCUUGUUAACAUUUCUUUCUUUACUGAGCCAGCACUUGUUCUCACUUUGUAUUAUCACGUCGACCUACUCAGGAAGAAUGGCCAUUUUGCUUCCAGUGAAAAUCGCACAGAUGCCAUCGACUAUAUACCGGGAGUAAAAUCCAUAAUGCCGAGGGAUUUAAUGUCCUAUUUCCAGGACAAAGACGACAUAUCAACAAUAGCGCACCAAAUCAUUUACAAAUGUUUUGAAGACGUGAAGAAAGCUGACUUCAUAAUUUGCAAUACAAUUCAAGAAUUUGAAGAGGACACAAUCUCAGCUCUACAGCAAUACCAGCCUUUCUACUCCAUCGGCCCGAUUUUUGCCCCGGGCUUCACCAAGAGCUGCAUCUCCACGAGCCUGUGGUCCGAGUCCGACUGCACCCAAUGGCUCAACACCAAGCCCCACGGUUCAGUUUUGUACGUUUCAUUCGGGAGCUAUGCUCACACUACUAAGCAUGAAAUUCAUGAGGUGGCCAAUGGGCUAUUACUUAGUGGGGUCAACUUUAUUUGGGUGCUCCGACCCGAUAUAGUCAGCUCCAACGAGACGGAUAUCCUCCCCGUUGGGUUUGAAGACCAGGUCAAGGGUCGAGGGUUGGUCGUGGGGUGGUGCCGACAGGUGGAAGUCAUUUCACAUCCGGCUGUUGGAGGGUUUCUAACCCACUGUGGAUGGAACUCGAUCUUAGAAAGUAUACGAUCUUGUGUUCCGUUGAUUUGUUACCCUUUGCUGACGGAUCAAUUUACUAAUAGAAAAUUAGUGGUGAGCGAUCUGAAGAUUGGAAUUGAUCUGAAAUCAACAUUAUCAAAAGAAGGGGUUUCCGAAAAAAUUAAUUAUUUGAUGGCUGGACAGAAGUCGGAGGAGAUCAGAGAGCAAGUGAAGAAGGUGAGGAAAAUGUUAGAAGAUGCAAUGGCGACGGAUGGCUCAUCCGUCGCAAAUUUCAAUCGCUUUGUCAAAGACUUGGAGAACAAAAUUGGUGAGGUUAAGAAAAACUGAAAGUUAAUUUAAAAUAAUGAUAUAUGGCACGUGUGAUAUUUAAUCUCUAGGGAUGUUUGUUUUCUUUCUUUUCAGCUUGUUUGCAUGUUUGCUGUAAUAAUAAAAGAAUGGCCCAUGCCCAAAUAUUGUACUAGCCGUGUACGAGAUUGCCUACCUUUCUAUAGUAAUUUAUCAUUGCUACUUUA